CAAUUGGCAAAUGUGUAGCUUGGCCCAAACAGUGCAAAUGAUAGGACAUUUGUUCGCUAAAUCUAAACCGUUAAUUAUUUCCCAUUUUGCCCCUCCAUUUCAUGGCAGAAAAUUGGGCAACUAGGAUAGUCUUUUUAGUCCUUAUAUGCCCAACAGAGUGGGGCCCACGGUGUGGACGAUUUGGAUUGUGGUGGAUGCAUGCACAUGUGUAUGGAUGGUCAUGGUCUGCUAGAGUAUCCAACAACUCCUCAAUUCAAAAUUUCAAAUUUCUCUCUUGUAAGACAGGAGAAACAACACAAAUGCGACUCUUUUUGUUGUAAGAAAUAUCAAUGUUAGAUAAAUGCCCCUUAUUCAACCCAAACACAUCUCAAAUGAAUCAUUUCAACACCAUAAGCAUAACAUCAUCCAUCUUUUGCAAUCUCCCUCCAUCACAACCCAACAAAUCCAACAAAUCCAUGCUCAUUUGCUCCAUUUACCAUCUCCACCAUCAUCAUCAUCAUCAUCUCUCUUCCUCUUCAAUUCAAUGCUCUUCGCUUAUGCCAGUUCAUCUGUCCCCACCCAUGCAUUCGAUUUCUUCGCGACACAGAUGGGCCACAUUGCCCCUAAUCGUUUCACCUUCCAAUUCCUUCUGAAAGCGUCCGCCAAAUCAAAAUCUCCUACCCAAACCACCCAACUCCAAUCCGUUACCCUAAAGGUCGGGUUCAGUUCUUACACCUUCCUCCAGAAUGCAAUUCUCCAUUCCUAUGCUUUGUCCGGUCAGUUAAUGGAUGCACGCAAAGUAUUCGAUGAAAUGUCCCAUCGAGACGUAGUUUCAUUUAAUUCCAUGAUCCAUGCGUAUGCCGAGUUCGGAGAUAUGGAUGCUGCUUUCCGACUCUUCACUCAAAUUCCCAUUCCAAAUGUCGUUAGUCGGACUGCCAUGGUUGUUGGGUUUUCCAAGAAGGGAGAUGUUUCAGCAGCUAGACAACUUUUUGACGAUAUGCCUGAGAGAGAUUUGGUUUCUUGGAAUGCCAUGAUCUCAGGUUACAUCCUAAACCGGAAGCCAAUCGAGGCCUUGAAUCUAUUUUGCCAGAUGCAGGCUGCGAAUUUUAAACCAAAUCCAAUCACUGUGGCCAGUGUAUUGGCAGCUUGUGCGAGUGUUGGAGCUUUGGAUACUGGGAAAUGGAUCCAUGUCUUUCUUGACAGGAAUCAUUUUCGAUUGGAUCCAUUUUUGGGUACUGCACUGAUCGACAUGUACUCCAAGUGCGGGGUUGUGGAAUUGGCUUGGGACGUUUUCGGGAAACUGCAAGAGAAGAAUGCCUGUACUUGGAAUGCCAUGAUAAAUGGGCUGGCCAUGAAUGGUCACGCAAAACAAGCAUUGGGCUUGUUUAACAAAAUGCAGGGCGACAGAAAUGUUAUACCCAAUGAAGUUACAUUCGUCGGGGUCCUCUUGGCUUGUAGCCAUGGAGGGUUCUUAGAAGAAGGAAGGAAGCAUUUUUACUGCACUGUGAAAGAGUACAGUAUUAGCCUACUGGUUGAGCAUUACACAUGCAUGGUGGAUCUUCUUGGAAGAUAUGGGCUGUUAAAUGAGGCAGAAGAAAUUAUAAAAAAUAUGCCAAUUCAACCUGAUGUUGUUGUUUGGAGAGCUUUGCUUGGGGGUUGCCGACUUCACAAGGAUGUCAAACUGGCAGAAAAGGUUGUUUUGGAAAUGGAGGCUCAAAGCAGUGGAGACUAUGUGCUUCUGUCAAACUUAUAUGCUUCCGUCGGGAGAUGGGAUGAUGUUGAGAAAGUGAGGAAGAUAAUGAAGGAGAAGGGGAUAAAGAAGACCCCAGGAUGUAGUUCGAUUGUGGUCAAGAAUACCAUUCAUGAGUUUAUUUCGGGGGACAAAUCUCAUCCUAGAUAUGCAGAGAUCUAUGAAAAGUUAGAGGAACUGAGAAGGAAGAUGGGUGGCGAAGGGCAUUUCUCAGAGACAAGUGUGGUUUUGUAUGACAUAGAUGAGGAAGAGAAAGAGGAAGCACUUGGGCAUCAUAGUGAGAAGUUGGCUAUCGCAUUUGGCCUCAUAAGCACUGUUCCUGGAUCUACUCUUAGGAUCGUGAAGAAUCUUCGGGUUUGUGAUGAUUGCCACAGUUGGACCAAGUUGAUAUCGAAGAUAUGCAAUCGGGAGAUUGUGGUUCGCGAUCGAAUUAGAUUCCACCAUUUCAAAGAUGGGGUGUGUUCUUGUAAGGAUUAUUGGUAAGGGAAAAGGCUGAAAAGCUCUUUAAGAGAUUCUUGUACACAUUAUAAUUCUUUUAUGAAUAUUGAAAUAUGUUUCUCCAA